AGUGCCGGGCUCCGAGCGUAGCGAAGAAGCGACGCACGCUGCUGGGAGUUGGGAGAGCCCGCAGUGAGCACAGGGGUGGAGCCCAGCUGUGGCUGCCCAGCAUGGACAGCUACACGGUCCUGAGAGUGAUUGGCCAGGGCUCCUUCGGCAGAGCUCUUUUGGUUCUGCAGGAGAGCAGCAAUCAGACAUUCGCCAUGAAGCAAAUAAGACUGCCCAAGUCUUUCUCUGAUACACAGAAUUCUAGGAAGGAGGCUGUUCUGCUCGCCAAAAUGAAACACCCUAAUAUUGUUGCCUUUAAGGAGUCAUUUGAAGCUGAAGGGCAUCUGUACAUUGUGAUGGAGUAUUGUGAUGGAGGGGAUUUAAUGCAGAGGAUGAAAGAGCAGAAAGGGAAGUUACUCCCUGAGGAUACGAUACUUAAUUGGUUUAUACAAAUUUGUCUUGGAGUAAAUCACAUUCAUAAGAAACGUGUUUUACACAGAGAUAUCAAGUCCAAAAAUGUCUUCCUCACCCACAAUGGAAAGGUGAAAUUGGGAGAUUUUGGCUCUGCCCGUCUUCUCUCCAGUCCCAUGGCGUUUGCAUGCACAUACGUGGGAACACCUUAUUAUGUGCCUCCAGAAAUCUGGGAGAACCUGCCUUAUAACAAUAAAAGUGACAUCUGGUCCUUGGGAUGCAUUCUGUAUGAACUCUGUGCUCUGAAGCAUCCGUUCCAGGCAAAUAGUUGGAAAAAUCUUAUCCUGAAAAUAUGUCAGGGGCCCAUCCACCCGCUGCCGGCUCAGUAUUCCUCUAAGCUUCAGUGUCUGGUCAAGCAGAUGCUGAAAAGGAACCCUUCGCACCGGCCCUCCGCCACUACCCUGCUCUGCAGAGGGAGCUUAGCUCCACUGGUCCCGAAGUGCUUGCCACCUCAGAUUAUCAGAGAAUAUGGAGAGCAGAUAUUAGAUGAAAUCAAAAUAUCCGAGCCCAAGAACAUGAAAAAACGGGACCCCAACAGAGUCAGGAAAGCUCUGGAAGAUGAAGCAAAUGCCGUGCAAGAGGAAGAACAUGGUAGAAAGUGUAGCCACACUGAAUUGGAAAGCACUCAUAGAAACCCAGUUGGAGACGCGUUGGGAAGAGGGAAUGCAGAAUCAGGUAGCCCACCGGAGCGCCAGAGGCAUACCAGUCCAGCAAGCCCUCACAGGCAGCGGUGGGAGAGACGCGGUCCCAGUUCUGCUCUAGCAGCUUUGGAGAAAGCAUCCAUCCUUAGUUCCAGUUUCAUGGCAGAGGAUGACAGAGGUGGUUCUGUAAUAAAGUACAGUGAAGAAAAUGCCCGUAAGCAGUGGGUCAGAGAGCCCCCUGAGGCCUUGUUGUCAAUGCUGAAGGAUGCUGAUCUCAGCCAGGCAUUUCAAACAUAUACAAUAUAUAGACCAGGUGCAGAAGGAUUCCUGAAAGGUCCCCUUUCUGAAGACACAGCAUCAGACAGUGUCGACGGUGAUCUCCAUUCUGUCAGUUUAGACCCAGAGAGAUUUGCACCUUGGCUGGAUGAAGAAGACACGGACUUUGAGGAAGAUAACGAAAACCCUGAUUGGGUGUCAGAACUAAAGAAGCACGUAGGAUGGCAGGAUGGUCCUGGUGGACAACUCCUCGGAGAACAUGCUUGAGCCAUGUUGGGAGACACUGGCAAGACACUGAUGGCUGGGAACGGAAGUGAGGAUUGUGAAAAUGCAUCACAGCUUACAAAGCCAUCCAGAAUCCUUGUGAGAUUUCAAACACAAGGCAGGUCUAGCAGAUGCUGCGAGCCUUGCGUUCUGACAGAAUGGAGGUGCAGUGCUUGCCUGCUGGCCACCAUGUGUGUGACGGUAGGAAAUGACUUAACUCCUUUGAUCUUGACAAGAGAGUAACAACGCCUACCUCAUAGGAACACUGACUGAGACAGUUGAACGGACACUGAGCCAUCCAGUGGCCGUUGUCCACAAUUUCCACGUAACACUCUCACAUUCCCUGAAGGUUUAAGGAUCCAAAUACAUUAAGCUAUGGCA